CCUCCAUACUGCAUACUCUCAUGUUACAUUAAUCUGCACUGCAUUAACCGAUGCAUUGAAUUUUGUCAACAGAGUUAGUGUAAUUCCCUCACAAAAACCACAAGAACGACUAGUAUUGAACUGACAAAAAGAAUAAUACUUUUACUAGAAUCACAACAUAUGUUUAUGUUACUUCAAACAUCACCCUAACAUUCUAAAUGUUUAAAGCGGGGUAUGAGUUGUGUCAUAGUUGUCAAAAACCACUGGUGAACGAAGAAAAUUUGUUUACACUGCGUAAACGGAUAGUAAUCGCCACAGCAGGAUGUAGUCUUCUUGGUGGUGCUAUCGGUGCUGCGGCAUUACCUUUGUUAGGUUUUGGAUCUGGUGGAAUAGCGGCUGGAUCAUUUGCCGCAGCAUGGCAAACGCCUUUAACAGUUUCUGGAUCAUUAUUUGCAAUACUGCAAUCAUUGGGUGCAACUGGUAUGGGUAUUCUCUUGUUUGGAGCUACUGGUAGUGUUGCUGGUGGAGUGGGUGCUCUUGGAAUAUUAGCGACAAUUGCUUCUAAAAUUGGUUGGUGCACAAAUGAUCAUGUGGCAGUAAUAUAUCAUAACGAGUUAACCAAUAUGUAAUGAAUAAGAUGUAAAAAAUAAUAUAAUAAAAAUAUUGCAGCAAAUAA